AGUAGAGAGGCAGACAGAACAGGAGCGCACAGCAGCAGCACAGAGAUUAUUCCUCCAACGGCAUUUAAUGUUUAUUCUAUUAUUGGUAUAUUAUCAGUUAUGCAUUAUUAAUAGUUCGUAAAGACAUGAGCGCCAGAAACAGAUCCCCACCGGACUGAUCAAGAACACACGCACCCUCUUUCAUCAGGACCACCGCUUUUAAGACAGGACAUCGCUAAACAAGUGGAUUUUAUACUCUGUCCCGCAGUUGCAGAGAGAAUCGGAUGCUUUGUUUGGCUGUGUGAAGUGCAGAGCAUCAGGACUUCUUCUUCCUCCUCCUCAGCCUCUGGAUCCGGGACACAAUGGAUCUGACAGCGGUCGCACUGCUUGUGUCGCUCGUGUCCGUGUCUCUGUCCGCGGAGAACGCGGGCGGUAAAGCGCGGAGCUGCGCGGACGUGCGCCAGUUCUACAGCGGCAAAGGCUUCACGUUAAACGGCGUCCCGCAGUCCGAGAUCUCAGGAGAGCAUCUCCGCAUCUGCCCUCAAGGUUACACCUGCUGCACCAGUGCCAUGGAGGAAACACUGUCAAACUUGAGCCGCAGAGAGUUUGAAGGCCUGGUCAGGGAAGCAGGACGAUCCAUUCAAGCUUUGCUUAAUGCUCAGUACAGAACCUUUGACACAUAUUUCCUGGAACUCCUGAAUGGCUCUGAACGGUGGUUAGAAGAGGCUUUUGUGGCUGCACUUGGAGAACUGUAUCGAUUGAAUGCAGGAGUGUUUCGUGACCUCUACGCCGAACUGCAUCGAUAUUACGGUGGUGCUUCCCUGAACCUCGAGGAGGCCUUGGAUGAGUUCUGGAUGAAGCUCCUGGAGCGACUUCUGAAGGCGUCUGACCCUGAAACUGCCUCCCUACUCUCUGAUGACUUCCUUGAUUGUGCCUCCAAGCAGACCGAGACCCUGCGUCCUUUUGGAGAUGCUCCACGGGAACUAAAGGCCAAGCUGGUGCGGGCAUUCAUCGCGGCCCGGGCAUUCGUCCAGGGCCUCAACGCAGCUGGAGAGAUUGUACGGAAGGUGUCUCAGGUUCCUCUGAGCCCAGAGUGCAAUCGUGCCAUUAUGAAACUGGUGUACUGCCCUCAUUGCAGAGGUCUGGGAUCAGUCAAACCUUGCAUCAACUACUGCAAGAAUGUGAUGAAGGGCUGCCUGGCUAAUCAGGCUGACCUAGACACUGAGUGGCAGAGCCUUAUAGAAACCAUGCUGCAGGUGGCUUCCAGUUUUGGUGCCGAGUCCAGUAUGGACACGGUGAUCUAUUCAAUUCCUGUGAAAAUCUCAGAAGCUGUCCUCGCCAUGCAGGAGAACAUGGAGAUCUAUACCAGCAAGGUUUUUAAGGCCUGUGGGGACCGUGGUGAGGAAGGCACACCAAGUUCAAUAUCUGAGGAGCCAAAAAAGAAGGAAAGCACAGUGACUGCUCUGGAAUACAAACCCAGCCCUAAGUCUGCAGCCAGACUGGAGGUCCAGGUCACGGAUGUGUCCAGCAAACUCAAGGAAAUGCAGCUUUAUUGGAUCCAACUCCCUUCGGCUUUGUGCAGUGGUAAAACGGCAUCUUCAACAACUGGUGACAAAUGCUGGAAUGGCAUCACUAAAGCCAGUUACCUCCCAGAGGUCAUGGGUGAUGGGCUGGCCAAUCAGAUUAAUAACCCAGAGGUGGAGAUCGACAUCACUAAGCCUGACAGGACUAUACGUCAACAGAUCAUGCUGCUGAAGAUCAUGUCUAACCGCCUGAAAAACGCCCUCGAAGGCAAUGAUGUGGAUUUCCAAGACACAAGUGAUGAUUUCAGUGGCUCGGGAAGCGGCAUGUGUGCAGACCACCUGUGCGUUCGUGGUAGACCUCCGGUUUUUGGGCCGAAAACGGACAGGCCCAAACUCUACGCCACUGGGCCUGAAAACAAAAGAGUCAAAGGGUCCGGAAACCAGAUUCAGCCUUCUUUCAUUUUACUGGUUGUGUUCUUUGUGAGUCUAUUGCUCAGACGAUAAUGGAGAUGCUAAAUUGAACUUUGGGUUCUGGGUCAGGAAAUUUGGAUUAGGACAAGGAAUGUUGAGAAAAAAUUGAGAAAAUGGGAACAGGUGAGUGUAAUAAAAUUGCCAAAAGAAAAAAAAAGGAAGCAUUUUGAGUGAAAGGACAUUUUAAUUCCUUUGGAAUAGGUGGGAAAGGAAUUGCUUUUGUGUUUUUUUAUGUUUUGUAAUAUACGUCAGAUUUGAGUGCUGACUUGUUGCAUCAAUCGUCAUAUUGCUUUUUUUUACCUUUGAAUGUAAACAGAUGGACAGGAGGAAUGCUGGUUUAGAGAUACAAUAUGAGCUUCUUGAAAACAUAAGUGACUUACCCACCCACAGUUCUUUGCUAUUAAAGUCACAGUCAACAA